AUAAUCCAAGUGGACAGACAUUACAUCGGCAACAACCCAGCUAAGAUUCACUCAACCAAGCCUGACGGAACCCAAGCGCUCAAUCUGAAUGAUGACUGGCGGACCAAUGCUAAGGCAAGAGUGUUGUAUAAUGAAGUUGUCGCAUCUAGGUCUAGAGGGUGA